AUUAGAGCAGCCGCCGCGGAGCCGUCCCCGACGCCACCUCCUUCUCCUCCGCCGCAGUUUCCUCCGCUGCUGUCGGGGUGCGGAGCUGAGGGGCCCGCGCGAGCGCGCCGCGCAUCUCUCCACAGGCUCGCCUCCCGCGCUCCAUUCCGCCCCGAAGGGUCGGCCGGGCGCCCCCUCCUCCGGCCCGGGCGGUGCCGCGAGUCACUCGGCAAAGCGGGGAGGGGGCUCGGGGCCGCGGCCUGCACCCCCUGCGUGCGGCUGAGGGCCAAGGAGGCCCUCCCUUCUGACGAGGAGAGGGAGCGUCGGGAGCCCCCCACUCGCCCGGCGAGGUCCGGGGCGGGUGCCGGAGAGGGCCGCCCGCGAGAGGGGCGGUUGUCUGGGGGAGGGGGCUCGGGGUGAUUCAGCGCCCGGCGAGGCGGAAGCGGCCCGAGAAGGAGGAGGAGGGGAGAGGCAGUCCGCUCCUGGGCGCUCGGGGUGGCACGAGCCCGCUGCCCGAGUGCGAGGCGGAGGCGAGGAGGCCGCGGGGACAGGAGGCCAGGCCGGCCGGGCCCCCGCAGCCAUGGAGAACGCGCACACAAAGACGGUGGAGGAGGUGCUGGGUCAUUUCGGCGUCAACGAGAGCACGGGGCUGAGUCUGGAGCAGGUCAAGAAGCUCAAGGAGAGAUGGGGCUCCAACGAGUUGCCGGCCGAAGAAGGAAAAACCUUGCUGGAACUUGUGAUUGAGCAGUUUGAAGACUUACUAGUUAGAAUAUUGUUACUGGCAGCAUGUAUAUCUUUUGUUUUGGCUUGGUUUGAAGAAGGAGAAGAAACAAUUACAGCCUUUGUAGAACCUUUCGUGAUUCUACUUAUAUUAGUAGCCAAUGCAAUUGUGGGUGUAUGGCAGGAAAGAAAUGCUGAGAACGCAAUUGAAGCCCUUAAGGAAUAUGAGCCUGAAAUGGGCAAAGUGUAUCGACAGGACAGAAAGAGUGUGCAGAGGAUUAAAGCUAAAGACAUAGUUCCUGGUGAUAUCGUAGAAAUUGCUGUUGGUGACAAAGUUCCUGCUGAUAUAAGAUUGACUUCCAUCAAAUCGACAACUUUGAGAGUUGACCAGUCGAUUCUCACUGGUGAGUCUGUUUCAGUUAUUAAGCACACCGACCCUGUCCCUGACCCACGGGCUGUCAACCAAGAUAAAAAGAAUAUGCUGUUUUCUGGUACAAACAUUGCUGCUGGGAAAGCCAUGGGAGUGGUGGUGGCAACUGGAGUCAACACUGAAAUCGGCAAAAUCCGGGAUGAAAUGGUUGCAACAGAACAGGAGAGAACACCCCUUCAGCAGAAACUGGAUGAGUUUGGGGAACAGCUUUCCAAAGUCAUUUCCCUUAUUUGCAUUGCAGUCUGGAUCAUAAAUAUUGGGCACUUUAAUGACCCAGUUCACGGUGGCUCCUGGAUCAGAGGUGCUAUCUACUACUUUAAGAUUGCAGUGGCCCUGGCUGUUGCAGCCAUCCCUGAAGGUCUGCCUGCUGUCAUCACCACCUGCCUGGCUCUUGGAACUCGCAGAAUGGCAAAGAAGAAUGCCAUUGUCCGAAGCCUCCCUUCUGUGGAAACUCUUGGUUGUACUUCUGUUAUCUGCUCAGACAAGACUGGCACACUUACAACAAACCAGAUGUCAGUCUGCAGGAUGUUCAUUCUGGACAGAGUUGAAGGUGAUAGUUGUUCGCUCAAUGAGUUUACCAUAACCGGAUCAACAUAUGCACCCAUUGGAGAAGUGCAUAAAGAUGAUAAACCAGUGAAAUGUCAUCAAUAUGAUGGUCUUGUAGAAUUAGCAACAAUUUGUGCUCUUUGUAAUGACUCUGCUUUGGAUUAUAAUGAGGCAAAAGGUGUGUACGAAAAAGUUGGAGAAGCUACGGAGACUGCUCUCACUUGCCUGGUAGAAAAGAUGAAUGUAUUUGAUACUGAAUUGAAGGGUCUUUCUAAAAUAGAACGUGCAAAUGCCUGCAACUCGGUCAUUAAACAGCUGAUGAAAAAGGAAUUCACUCUCGAGUUUUCACGCGAUAGAAAAUCAAUGUCAGUCUAUUGUACACCAAACAAACCAAGCCGGACAUCCAUGAGCAAGAUGUUUGUGAAGGGUGCUCCUGAAGGUGUCAUUGACAGGUGCACCCACAUUCGAGUUGGGAGUACGAAGGUUCCCAUGACCCCUGGAGUCAAACAGAAGAUCAUGUCUGUCAUUCGGGAGUGGGGAAGUGGCAGCGACACUCUGCGGUGCCUGGCCCUGGCCACUCAUGACAACCCUCUGCGAAGAGAAGAGAUGCACUUGGAGGACUCUGCCAACUUCAUUAAGUAUGAGACCAAUCUGACCUUCGUGGGCUGCGUGGGCAUGCUAGAUCCCCCCAGAAUUGAAGUGGCCUCCUCUGUGAAGCUGUGCCGGCAAGCAGGAAUCCGUGUUAUCAUGAUCACAGGGGACAACAAGGGCACUGCUGUGGCCAUUUGUCGUCGCAUCGGCAUCUUUGGCCAGGAUGAGGAUGUGACGGCAAAGGCUUUUACAGGCCGGGAGUUUGAUGAACUCAGCCCCCCAGCCCAAAGAGACGCCUGCUUGAACGCCCGCUGCUUUGCUAGAGUGGAGCCUUCCCACAAGUCCAAGAUUGUGGAGUUUCUUCAGUCCUUCGAUGAAAUUACAGCCAUGACUGGCGAUGGUGUGAAUGAUGCUCCUGCUCUAAAGAAAGCUGAGAUUGGCAUUGCCAUGGGCUCCGGCACUGCAGUGGCUAAAACUGCCUCUGAAAUGGUCCUGGCGGAUGACAACUUCUCUACCAUCGUCGCUGCUGUGGAAGAGGGACGGGCCAUCUACAACAACAUGAAGCAGUUCAUUCGCUACCUCAUCUCCUCGAAUGUAGGGGAAGUUGUCUGUAUUUUCCUGACAGCAGCCCUUGGGUUUCCUGAGGCUUUAAUUCCUGUCCAACUGCUCUGGGUCAACCUGGUGACCGAUGGCUUGCCUGCCACUGCACUAGGGUUCAACCCUCCUGACCUGGACAUCAUGAAUAAACCACCCCGGAACCCAAAGGAGCCACUUAUCAGUGGGUGGCUGUUUUUCCGUUACCUGGCUAUUGGCUGUUACGUCGGCGCUGCUACCGUGGGUGCUGCUGCCUGGUGGUUCAUCGCUGCUGAUGGUGGUCCAAGAGUGUCCUACUACCAGCUGAGUCAUUUCCUCCAGUGUAAGGAGGACAACCCAGACUUUGAAGGAGUGGAUUGUGCAAUCUUUGAGUCCCCGUACCCAAUGACAAUGGCGCUGUCUGUUCUAGUAACCAUAGAGAUGUGUAAUGCUCUCAACAGUUUGUCUGAAAACCAGUCCUUGCUGAGGAUGCCCCCUUGGGAGAACAUCUGGCUUGUGGGCUCCAUCUGCCUGUCUAUGUCACUCCACUUCCUGAUCCUCUAUGUGGAACCCCUGCCACUUAUCUUCCAGAUCACACCGCUGAAUCUCACCCAGUGGCUGAUGGUGCUGAAAAUCUCCUUGCCUGUGAUUCUCAUGGAUGAGACACUCAAGUUUGUGGCCCGUAACUACCUGGAACCUGGUAAAGAGUGUGUGCAACCUACCACCAAAUCCUGCUCGUUCUCGGCAUGCACCGAUGGGAUUUCCUGGCCGUUCGUGCUGCUCAUAAUGCCCCUGGUGGUCUGGGUCUAUAGCACAGACACUAACUUUAGUGAUAUGUUCUGGUCUUGACUGACAGCUCUACAUACAGAAGAUGUUUAACUUAAUCAAUUUUUUAUUGUUUAAAGCAACUGUCUGUUUCUGCUGAAUUUUCACAUGAACAUAUUGGCUGGUGAAGGAGGUUUCAUACUCUAGAUUUUUGUUUUGCUUUUUCUGACUCCAGUGGGGCAAGAUUUUCCUUUUUUUAUACACAUAAUUAAAGUGUCCAUUGACAUGUACAGAGAACUAACACUAUUUUAUGCAAAUAUUUUUUUGUAGAUGAAAAAGCAUGUACAGUGUUCUGUUUAAUACUCAUCCUUGUAUAAAAAUAGUUGAGCCAGCAGACAUUGUCAGCAAAUUAAUUGGCAGCAGACUUUAGGAAACGAAUGUGUGUUUUUAAAAAAAAAAAAAAAAACAAAACCAACUAAAUAGCAUGUGUUGUGUUUUUUGCAUGAUUACCUGGAUUUAAUUUGAUAUCACAGUCUAAUUUUUAUUCAUAAGCCAAUUUUUCUGCACUGAGCAGAGUCCUGCUACCUCAGUCAGUAUUUUUUGGUUUGCCACUUCCCGCACCUUCUCCAUUCACCCCCACCCUGCCCCAUCCCCCGCCCCGCUCGGCUUCUUCUGUAGGGUCUUGAUGGUUCUGUUUACAUCAGUCUUCAUGAGAGGUAUGCCUGUCUCGCUUGUGCAGAAAACAUUGUUCCAGAUUCAAUCAACUGGGUUUAUGUCCCUUCACAUAGUUUUUAAAGUUAUUUAUUUAAAUGUCUAAUGUAUUUUAUUGUAACGGACAUUGUUUUGCCAACAUUGCCUAGAUCUCAAUGGCACUUCACAAUCUAGUUCAAAAGAGAAAAAUAAAACAUUUUAAAUGGACAGA